UAAGAACUUUUCUAGAGAUUUAUCCAUUAAAAAUAAGAAAUUGAAGGGAAUUGUGUCAUCGAAUAUUUUGAUGAUUUCAAUAUAGUCGCAUCCACGCAUAUUAAUCUUUUGUUCAUUAUUAUAAAACUACUCUUCCAAGCUCCGAAUUAUGCUAUGGUUGCUAUCUAGAUUGACAGAUAUACACUACUCUCUUCGUUAACCAAAGUGGAUCAUGCUUUAUGGCUCACGAAUUGAUUGCUUUCCCCCUAAUACUCAUCAAAGUCUUUUGUAUGACUAGAGCUACCAAUGCUAUUUUAUAUAGCCUUAUCAUUUACAAUUUUAAUAAGUUAUCAGAUAAUUCUGCCUUAUCAGUCAGUGCCAGAUGUGUUAUCGUGAUCAAAGAGAAGAAAGAACUAAUCAAAAUUAUUGAUAAUAAAAUAAUUUCAAGUGCAUUUCUCGCGUCACUUAUUCAUCUAUCAAAAGGGGCUAAAGAGCUCAGAAGGGACACAUUCAUUCUCAAACCCUCAGAGACAUUUGGAAAUUAGCGAAAGAUCAAGAAUGGCGGAAGAAGCAUCUAGUUUGGUCGGGAUCCUUGAGACAACUGUGGAUCUGAAAUGUUCAACGGAGAAGUUCCAUGACAUGCUUGUUGGCAGACCACACCAUGUCUCCAAUGUAUCUCCAUCCUACAUUCAGGGCUGUGAGCUGCACGAAGGCGAAAUGGGCCAAGUUGGUGCUAUCAUCGUCUGGAAUUAUGUUCAUGAUGGGGAGGCAAAAGUAUUGAAAGAGAGGAUCGAGUCAGUAGACCCGGAGAACAAUCGAGCCACGUACAGGGUGCUAGAGGGUGAUCUAAUGAAGGAGUACAAGAGUUUUGUGUUAACAUUCCAAGUAACCCCUAAGGAGGGAGAACCUGGAAGUAUUGCACAUUGGCACUUCGAGUAUGAGAAAAUUAACGACGAGGUGGCUCACCCUGAGACUCUCCUCCAGUUCGCGGUGGAGGUCUCCAAAGAGAUCGAUGAACAUCUCUUGUCCGAGGAAUAGAGAAAGACUUCUCUUGUAUCUUUGACAACAUCUAUACAUAUAUUUUUGUGGAAUUGCCUUGAAGUUCAGUCUUUGUGAUUAGUGAUAUAAAUAAGGACUAAGGAGCCGCCUUGUCCAACUUUGUGAGAGAGAUAUGUCAUGAGUAUGUAUAUAUUUAAGAUCAUGUUACGUUGGAAGUUGUUACUUUUGAGAAGCAUAUAUAUGAGA